GGGGUGGCAAGUGUCAGCUAGGCAUUCAGACGGACACAAAGGCUGCGGUGACCUCCUUUGUACAAUCUGCUAUAUCGUGUAAGUGGUAGUCCUUGUUCAGAUUCCAACACCGAGUGAACAAAGACGGUGCUUCAGCUGCACAAUCGGUCCAACCAACUGACGGCCGAGAUGCAGCAUCUUUACAAUAUGACUUCUGCACCUUCCAUUCAGCCAAAGUUCCUCCCCAAUCGCCAUCAUCUGGGGAUUGUCGCGGUGGGGUUCAGCGGCGGCCAGCCAAAACCCGGCGUAGAUGCAGCACCAAUGGCCCUCAUUGAAGCCGGCCUGAUCCAGCAGCUCGAGGAAGACCUCGAGUUCGACGUUGCCUUCGAUGACCAAGUCCACUCCUACGCUGAGAUUGUCCCUGCAGAAGAUCCUCCAUACCGCAACAUGAAGCGGCCGAAAUUUGUUAGUGCUGUGACGAAGGAAGUGAGCAACCAAGUCUAUAACCACUCAAAGAACGGGAAGUUGGUUCUAACUCUGGGUGGGGACCACUCGAUUGCGAUCGGGACAAUAUCCGGGACAGCGAGGGCCAUUCGAGAGCGGCUGGGCAGAGAUCUCGCAGUCAUCUGGGUAGAUGCGCAUGCGGAUAUCAACACGCCAGAAACUUCAGAGAGUGGGAACAUUCACGGGAUGCCCGUGGCUUUCUUGACCGGAUUAGCGACAGAAGAGAAGGAAGAGAUGUUCGGGUGGUUGAAGGAGCAUCACCGCAUUAGCACUAAGAAACUUGUCUACAUCGGCCUUCGAGACAUUGAUAAAGGCGAAAAGAAAAUCCUCAAAGAGCACGGAAUCAAGGCGUUCUCCAUGCACGAUAUCGAUAGGCACGGCAUCGGAAAAGUCAUGGACAUGGUGCUGGGCUGGAUCGGUAGCGAUACCCCAAUUCAUCUCAGCUUUGAUGUGGACGCUCUGGAUCCAAUGUGGGCGCCGAGUACUGGCACGCCGGUUCGAGGCGGUCUGACGCUGCGCGAAGGUGACUUCAUUGCUGAGUGUGUAGCGGAAACGGGGUCUUUGGUCGCUCUGGAUCUUGUUGAAGUCAACCCGAGCCUUGAUGAACAAGGGGCAAGCGACACAGUCCGAGCAGGUUGCUCGAUUGUGCGUUGUGCGCUCGGCGAUACGCUUCUGUAAGCUGUGGAAGUCCUCGGCGUUCAGGAUGAAAGAUUGGAAGGUCUCGGAAACAAGGUUCUGGAAUUGGAUACAUUAGAUUGG